UUCUUCUUCCUGCUCUUUUUAUUUUCCACGUAGAGAGAGGGGAUGGAAAACCUCCUACUGCUACUCCCAUUGAUGAUGUUAUGGUUCCCACCACCCAAGACUGCCGCCAUCGCUGAAGUGCCGGCGAUCAUAGUGUUCGGUGACUCCACGGUCGACUCGGGGAACAACAACCGGAUCCCGACACUUGUCAGGAGCAACUUCAGACCCUAUGGGCGCGAUUUCAUGGGUGGGAAGCCCACCGGGCGGUUCAGCAAUGGCCGGCUGGCGACCGACUUCUACUCGGAGUUUUACGGCCUCGGUCCCUUCGUGCCGGCUUAUCUUGAUCCCCUGUAUGGGAUAGAGGAUUUUGCCACCAGGGUCUGCUUUGCGUCUGCUGGCUCCGGCCUGGACGUUGCUACGUCCAACAUUCAAUCUGUGAUACCCUUGUGGAUGCAAGUCCGGUACUACAAAGAGUAUCAAACCAGACUGAUAAGGUAUCUCGGAGAGGAGAAGGCCGAGCAUACGUUGAGGGAGGCCGCGUAUGUCAUCAGCAUCGGAACUAAUGAUUUUAUCGAGAAUUACUUUGCCAACGCUUCGGAACGAAAGAAGCAAUUCACGAUCGGUGGGUAUGUGGACUUCCUCACGGGUCUUGCCCGUGACUUCAUCAAAGAACUCUACGCCUUGGGGGCCCGAAAGAUCGGCUUCACAGGACUGGGUCCGAUAGGUUGCGUGCCUUUGGAGCGAAGCAUGAACUCUGUGACCCGCGGUUCAUGCGUGGAAGAGUACAAUAAGGCGGCAAGAGACUUCAAUGCAAAGUUGCAAACCACGAUUGAUGAGUUGUGUGCUGCUCUGCCGGGCAUCCAAUUGAAAUUAGCCCCUCUCUAUGACUUCUUUCUUUACGUCGUCCAAAAUCGAGUUAUCUAUGGGUUUGAGAAUGUUGAGUUCGGAUGCUGUGCCACUGGAACGUUCGAGGUGGGACACACAUGCAACCAAUGGAGCCCAUUCACGUGUCCAGAUGCACGCAAAUAUGCAUUCUGGGACGCCGUCCACCCAACUGAGAAGAUGAGCCAGAUCAUUGCCGAGCACCUGAUCAACACCACAUUCGCACAAUUCAAGUGAACUAAAAAAUAACUACUUUUCAAGAAAUUUACCCAUGAAGAACGUGGAGUCUUUUUCUGUUUUCUUUUGUUCAUCUUUUCCUUUUUCUUUCUUGAGAUUCAUAUUCAAUUGGCUUCAUAUAUGUUUAAUGAUUAUGUCACAUGUAAGUUUCUGUACUUGAAGCCUGCAA